UUCAAUUCCGCGUUUCAGUUUUUACAGUUUUUAUUCCGAUAGCACUGGGCGAUACAUCACUUGCAAACGGUCCUCCCGGAAAUCGAUAGCUUCUUUUUUCUUUUUCUGUGUGUCUUUUUUGCGCGACUGUUCAAGCCAAGAUACCGCAAUGCCUCCCAAAUUCGACCCGACGGAAGUUAAAUUGGUGUACCUGCGUUGCGUGGGCGGAGAAGUCGGUGCCACAUCCUCCCUGGCCCCCAAGAUCGGUCCCCUCGGUCUGUCGCCCAAGAAAAUCGGUGAUGACAUCGCCAAGGCCACCUCCGACUGGAAGGGUCUGAAGAUCACCGUCUGCCUGACCAUCCAGAACCGACAGGCUGCCAUCUCCGUGGUUCCCUCCGCCGCCUCGCUGAUCAUCAAGGCUCUGAAGGAACCCCCACGUGACCGCAAGAAGCAGAAGAACAUCAAGCACAGUGGAAACAUCGGUUUCGAAGACAUUCUGGCCAUCGCCCGCGUGAUGAGGCCCAGGUCCAUGGCCCGUGAGCUGAAGGGAACCUGCAAGGAAGUUCUGGGAACCGCCCAGAGCGUCGGCUGCACCGUUGACGGAAAGCACCCUCACGAUGUUAUUGACGAACUGAACGAGGGAUCCAUUGAAGUCCCCGCGGAAUAAACAGUUUUUGAUACAGAAUUAAUAAAUUGUACGCGAUACAGUCUGUAAUAAUUGACCCAA